AUGUCAAAAAAUACAAACUAUGGAUGGAACCAAUGGACAGGAGAUUGGAAGGUAUGGUGGGGAGAUGUAUUGGGGAGUGAUGCUCUCAAGCAAAGUGGCUAUGAACAAAAAAAGAGAGGUCUGACUGAAGGAGGCAAUAGAAGAAUGGAAAAGAGUGGUAGCGUAGAGGACGUUACUCAAGCUGGUUUGGGAGGUAGCAAGGGUAUGUUGGCUACCUUUUCAGCAUCCACUCCGAUUGUCUUAAAAAAUCCAAUCAUCCCAGAUGCUAAACAUCCUGCUUGGGAAAGAAAUAAAUAUGAUGAUGAAAUUUUGAGAAAAUCACAAGAAGAAAAGAUUGGUUCUGGUAGUAACUAA